AUGCUUAAAACAAUAAAACCAAAGACAGCACGUUCAGCACGUGCAUUAAAAAAACGUGAACCAAAAAUUCAAGAAAAUCAAAAAACUGCAAUUUUCCUACGUGGUCACAAAACAAACAACAUAAUAAAUACUGCACUUUCAGAUCUGUGUGCAUUAAAAAAACCAGAUGCAAUAACCUUUUCAAAAAAGAAUGAAAUCUUGCCAUUUGAAGAUGACACCUCGCUCGAAUUCUUCUCACAGAAAAAUGACGCAUCGCUCUUUGUUAUCGGUAAUCACACGAAAAAACGACCACAGAACUUGAUUUUUGUCAGAAUGUUUGACGGACAAGUGUUGGAUAUGAUUGAAGUCGGCGUUGUGAAUGCUAAAUCAAUUGCUGAUUUUAAGACACCAAAAUGUGCUGUUGGAAUGAAACCAUGCUUUAUAUUUAAUGGCGAUCUGUUUGAAACUUCAGAAAUACACAAAAAAUUUAAAAACAUGCUGUUAGAUUUGUUUCGGGGUCAAACUGUCAAAUCCAUAAAUCUUUCCGGUAUUGAACAUGUGAUUUCAGUCACGGCAGGUUCACAGAAAGACGGCGGGGAUCCAAGUACCGGUAUCGUCUAUUUCCGAGCAUAUAGCAUACAAAUGAAAAAAUCUGGGCAACGGAUUCCACGUGUGGAACUUGAAGAAAUGGGACCAAGUUUUGAUUUUCGGUUUAGACGUACAAAAUUUGCUAAAGAGGAUGUAUAUAGGGCUGCUACACGGGUUCCAAAAGAAUUAAAGCCAAAGAAGAUUAAGAAUAUUGAUGUGAACGAAAUUGGUGAUCGAGUGGGAAGAAUUCAUCUCGGCAAGCAAGAUCUGAGUCAAUUGCAAACACGAAAAAUGAAAGGACUAAAAAAGAGAACUAUUAAUGAGAUUGAUGCUAUGGAUAUUGAUGAGAUUGACAAAGAGGACGAAGGAGAGGAGAUAUUUCCAAAUAAAAAGCAAAAAGUAUAA